GCGCCAGCUAAACGCCCCCAUUCAACACCGACCAGCACCAUCACUGCUUGGAAGGUUCAAAUCUCCCAGCACUACUUGGUCUUGAAGGAAAGUGAGAGGCGAAAGCAGAGGAGUGACUUUGCCCCUAGCCCGCCGCCGGCCAUGGCCUCCUACGACAAGGCCAUGGAGUCGUACAAGAAGGCCGUCACCACGGCGGCCUCCCUCGCGGCGUCCGCGAUGCUGGUGCGGGGCGUCGUCAACGAGCUGGUGCCGUACGAGGUGCGUGACCUGCUCUUCUCCGGCAUGGGCUACCUUCGCUCGCACAUGUCGUCCCAGCACACCAUCAUCAUAGAGGAGACCGAGGGGUGGGCCAACAACCAGCUCUACGACGCCGCCCGGGCGUACCUUGCGACGCGGAUCAACACCGACAUGCAGCGCCUCCGGGUCAGCCGCGUCGACGAGACCAAGAGCAUGAUGUUCAGCAUGGAGGAGGGCGAAGAGAUGGCCGAUGUCCAUGAGGGCACCGAGUUCAAGUGGCGCCUUGUCUGCCGGGACAACUCCAGCGCCAGCAGCAGCAACGCCAACGGCCGUGGCGGCAGCGGCAAUUUCAAGCUUGAGGUCCGGUCCUUCGAGAUGAGCUUCCACAGGAAGCACAAGGACAAAGCACUUACCUCCUACCUCCCUCACAUCCUCGCCGUGGCCAAGAAAAUCAAAGAGCAGAACAGGACGCUCAAGAUCUACAUGAACGAAGGUGAGUCAUGGUUUGCCAUUGAUCUCCACCACCCAUCAACCUUCAGCACGCUUGCCAUGGAUCACAAGCUCAAGCAGUCAGUCAUGGAUGAUCUCGAGAGGUUUGUCAAGAGAAAGGAAUACUACAAGAAGAUCGGCAAGGCGUGGAAACGAGGGUACCUGCUGUAUGGCCCACCUGGGACUGGCAAGUCAAGCAUGAUUGCAGCAAUGGCCAAUUACCUCAAAUUUGAUGUAUAUGAUCUUGAGCUCACUGAGGUCAACUGGAACUCAACACUUCGGAGGUUGCUCAUCGGGAUGACCAACCGGUCAAUUCUUGUCAUUGAGGACAUCGACUGCACUGUCGAGCUGCAACAGCGGGAGGAAGGUCAGGAGGGCACCAAAUCCAACCCUUCAGAGGACAAGGUGACACUAUCCGGGCUACUCAACUUCGUUGAUGGGCUUUGGUCAACAAGUGGGGAGGAGAGGAUAAUUAUCUUCACAACAAAUUACAAAGAAAGGCUCGAUCCUGCGCUUCUGCGCCCUGGCAGGAUGGACAUGCACAUUCACAUGGGGUACUGCUGCCCAGAGUCGUUUCGAAUCUUGGCCUCCAACUACCACUCUAUAGAUCACCAUGCCACAUACCCGGAGAUCGAAGAAUUGAUCAAGGAGGUCAUGGUGACUCCAGCAGAGGUCGCAGAGGUGCUCAUGAGGAAUGAAGAGACGGACGUCGCACUUGAAGGUCUUAUCCAGUUCCUCAAGAGAAAGAAAGAUGGCGCUGGCAAACAGGAAAAUGUGGACCAGGUAGCAAAGGAGGAAGAACAAGAGAAAGAGAUGAUGACAAAAAGUGAUGUUCCAGACAAUCAAGAUCAGCAAGAUGGGAGCAAAGAAUGAUGUGUAUACAGUGCGAAUAUCGUACAAUUAGUGCCAGGAACUUCGGGCAACAAUGUAUCAUUUUGCUAUAAUAAGAGAUCAAUUUUGGUAACAAUAAGAUAAUCUGGUAUUGUGAACAGUUAUACCAUUUGAAUGCAUAUUAACCCAGUUAUGAAA